AUGGUGUAUGCAUGCGUGCGUGUUGAGAUAUGGCUUGGCUUUCGAGGACAACGGCAGACCGGCGAGGGGGGAUGCCUGGGCAGGGGAACAACACAAUCUCAGGAAACGGAGCAGGCGCGAGGGAGUCGAAAGACUUCUGAUGACGGAAUCAUGCUAAUUGGUUUGUUUUUCUCCGGGCAGGCGCAGAAGUUCAUCAACGCGUAUGCCGCUUUCUUGAAGCGUCAGGGCAAGCUGCCCAUCCCCGGUUGGGUUGACAUCGUCAAGACCGGCCCCGCCAAGGAGCUCCCCCCCCAGAACAUUGACUGGUUCUACGUCCGCGCCGCCUCCGUCGCCCGCCACAUCUACCUCCGCAAGACCGUCGGUGUCGGCCGUCUCCGCAAGGUCCACGGCUCCGCCAAGAACCGCGGUGUCCGCCCCUCCCACCACGUCGAUGCCUCCGGCUCCGUCGACCGCAAGAUCGUCCAGGCCCUCGAGAAGAUUGGCGUCCUUGAGCAGGACGAGGAGAAGGGUGGCCGCCGCAUCACCCAGUCCGGCCAGCGUGACUUGGACCGUAUUGCCCAGACCACCGCUGAGGCCGAGGAGGAGGAGGAGGAUGACGAGUAA